AUACUUAUAUCUUAUCAAUGAUGUCAAUAUGUUGCGUAGUUCCUGGUUAAUGUGGUCCCCUAAGUUAAUAUUGAUCCGUCUUCAUUUACCUUUUGAGUUGAGUAAGGUGUGGACUGUAUUUCCUAGUUUACGUGCUAUUCGUUACUUCUGUCGUUUACUUACCCAUGAGUUCUUAAUAGCUACUUUAGGUGCUAUUAUUUUAUGGGUAUUGCUUUACUAUGAGCUAUUUUACGUGGCAUUAGUCUGUCCUUACUACACUGGUGAUGAACUAUCACCUUAUUUGAAUCAAUUUCACACUGUUGGCAGGACUUACCGGCCUACUAUAUAUCUAUUUCCUGCAAAAUUGCAAUGGUUGUAUUUGAACACAUUUUGUAAACUGUUACGCUGUUACAACUACGUAUUAAUAUCGGCAUCGACUGCCGGUACUGACAUAUGUUCUAGGUUAAAGAAUAUCUACGGAAAAUCUGUUUUAUGGAUAUUGAAUUCAUUUUUAUAUCGACAUUUAUUUCGCGGUCAGGCUAGGGUAACAAUCCGUGAAUUCGUUGAAGGUAAUAACGGCUCACUUGUUGUUUUGGAUUAUUACCUUCCCAAAUGGUUGGGUUCAUAUUGUCCCAAAUGUGGCAAGUACCGUGAUGAAAACGUUAAUCCACCUAAGGAGCGGUUUGGUCUUACUAAAUCGCAACUCCCUGAGGACUCCCAGCCAUCUAAAUCACGUGUUCCGGCUACCAACGGCGACAAGCCACCUGCAAACCGCAUAAGUGACAUUUGCAAUCUCGUGAGUCGCAAGUUUGUGGAUAUUGACAGCGACAUCCGAGUGGUUAAAUCGGCUCUAGACAAGGAAGUAACCGACGAACCAAGUCCGAGGCCAAAUCCCACUACGGAGCCGAAGUUCAUUAACACUGACCCUCUACCUCGUAAGAUCCUACGUGGUGUAAUUGCUAUAGUUGGCGACCUCAAUGUAGCAUACAGUAUAUGCAAUCAGGACUUUAACUGCCGGUGUGGAGUAAUCACAGUGGAUAUUGACGAUCAUCGUUGCGGUGGUUGCGAAUCAACGUUUCUGGAUAACUCUUUAGGUCUCAAUUCAGUUCCCGCUAGCAUACCUACAGUUCGGUACUUUAUUAACGAUGCCUUGGAACAGGGUUUCGCAUGUGUCCAAGUUCAUUUGAAUGUUAAUUUGGGUAUGGCUGGUGAAGCAUUUCCUUCAUGGCCUGGAUUACGCAGUUUCCCUAUAACUCUAUAUAGUGACGUCCGCUUGGACCUUGACCACGCAUUGAAACACAUUGGGGUCCGUUAUCCUAACUUACCCUUAAGUUGCGUUGGUGUGGGAUACGGCGGCAACGUAUUGAUGGAGUACCUGGCACUAGGUUGUGCCAACAAGUCGUUGCUCACUUCUCUGGACAGCUCAACUAGCAGUUUGAAUGAUAUACAGCGCAAUGCAAUAUUUCCGGGUCGUCGUGUAUCGUCACGUACUGAUGAUAAGAACGAAUCCACAGAUACUGACGACAACUCCAGUCGUAGCGAUUCCAUGUUAAGGUCCCGUGCUGUGAAAGUUUUAAACGAGAAGAAGCCGUUACAGCAGCAUGGAAAUAAGGCAGAACGUACCACAACUAAGGUUACUAAAGUUAUCCCGCCAGUUCCUAGUAUGAACGAUGCUAAUUACGAGCCGUUUAUGUACCUUAACAAGGUUAUGCGUGAGAUUAACAUGACGCCUGGUCAUAAGAUUGCUCCACGUUCAUCUGGUGGUAACAUCAUAGUUCAGCCUAAGGACGACCACUUUCACGUUCCCGAGGAAUCUGAGGAAUGCACUUACGAGACUACUAUGGUAUAUCCUCCUCCAACUCCCGUAGAGACUGUCUUCGACACGAAGCGAAUCUCUUCAGUGGUAUGUAUCAAUUUAAAUUUAUGCACCCGUGGCAAUGUAUAUUACAAAAACGGCCCUACACGCGAUGUUCCUAAUUCCAGCUGCUACGUUCGUUAUUGUCAUGACACUUUGCGGGACCACUUGAUUGCCAUGAUCCGUGAGGUCCACUGUACAAAGCGUCGGGACAAGCGUAGUAAGAUAUGUCAACGUUACAAGUGCUGCCACUACACUAGGAGAUUGUAUAGUCGUUCCAUAUCGCAACGUUUUUGGCACACUAUUGCCUCGACUACUGAUGGCUUCAGACGUUAUUUCCGUGGUCACAGCAUUGAUGAGUUAUUGCUCUGUCUCCACCGUGAGUAUCGCAAUUCACAUCGUGAGAUGACUAAACGUGGUUCUCGUGAGUAUGUUAACUAUGGCAAUCAUGUGUUCAAUCGAUUUGGUGCAAGGACUAGUCCCGGCUUUAAACUAUGUGCCUUAAUGACGCUACGCUAUGUUUACAGCAACGUGGGUCAUGACGGCCGCAACCGUAUAGAGACUAUAUCCGGUGAGCCGAAGUACAAUCUAGUGAACAAGAAAGUUGACAUGGAUUUGCGACUGGGUCAUGGCCAUUUACAUAAAAGCAUGCGGAGGAUACUCAACAGUGGCACCAAUCGAUCUCAGGACGGGCGUAUAUGCCGUUAUAUAGGUGAAUUGAUAAAUCGUGAGUAUAUCAACAACGCGGUAAACAUACGUCGUAACUUCGAGACUAUAUCCGUGCCAACAUUACUGCUAUCAUCACUGGACAAUUCAGUAUUCGGCCACGAAGAUGUUGACAUAUUUGACGUCAUAAAGAACCCUAACAUCGUCCAUUACUUGUCUAAUAGUGGUGGAUACUCCACAUUUCUGUCAGGCAUAUAUCCCGUACCGUGGUUCAGCGUACCGGUACUGGAAUUUAUCGAUGAAAUGUUUAACCGUCGUGCUUUGAUGUAAACUCCUUGAAAUAGCUAGCGCAAAACAUCGCAU